AUGUAUCUAUUUCAUUUCAUCACUGCAAGGCGGGGCCUAUCCGAGCUACAACAGGCCAUUUGUGAUCUCUUAGACGAACAAGGUAUCAAGUGGGAGUUUGAAAAUAGAAACCUCAUGAUGACAUUUGGCAGGCAGAAGAAAGAGUUGGAUUUGGUGGAAUCUGAUAGAAAUUUAAAGUGUAUCGGGAACAGAGUCAGAAUAGUGAAUGGACGUGUAGUGGUUUUUAAAGCUGAUCAUCAAAGUGUUAUCGAUGAUCUUUUGAGGUAGUAAGUAGUUGAUGUUGUAAAUAAAAAAAGAUUCAUAGGAAAACUGAUUUGCCACU